AUGGAAAAUAAAAAGGGGAGUCUUAAGGAAAAGGCAAAGGCACAGCUUGCCAUUUUGCGCGUCAUCCUUCCAUUGUUACCCUUCAUCAGUCGGGUCAUAUUGUUACAUGUCCUCGGAAAGUCAGAGACUUCGAAGUAUCUGGACCUGAAGAGUGUGCUGCUGGUGUCAAUAUUGCAGAGGCUAUGCGAUCCUCCACAAAAUAAAUUACAAUCUAUAACGAAACUGCAGGCGCUCACGACUCGGGAUGUGCCUGUCAAAGGAAGGAUAUGGGUGAGCCAUGUUGCCGCGGUUGUACCACCAGAUACGAGCAUCAGAGAUGUUUUGAUAGCCGCCAUCGAGGGUACAAAGCGGGACUUGGUACCGGGAAGUGCAGAUUGUAGGAUUCCUGAGAUUGUGCCAGUCGAGGCAGAGUGGACGGGUUAUCGGGAGGAUGCUAGUCGCGAAGCCAAACCACCGGCGGUCACGGAGGAGGAAAAGUACUUGCGGAUGAUGAAGGGUUGCAAGAGUCCCGUUACAGUGCUCUACUUUCAUGGAGGCGCAUACUAUCUUAUGGACCCUGCGUCUCAUCGACCGGCCGUGAAGAAUAUCUCCAAGUUGACUGGUGGCCGAGUAUACUCUGUUCGAUAUCGUCUCGCACCGCAGCACCCUUUUCCUUCCGCCCUCCUGGACGCACUUGUCUCUUAUUUCACCUUGCUUUACCCGCCGCCCGGGUCCGUCCAUGAAGCGGUUCCGCCGGAAAAUAUUGUCUUUGGCGGGGAUAGUGCUGGAGGCAAUCUCAGCCUAGCCCUUCUCCAGACUCUCCUCGAAAUCCGACGACAAAACCAACGGAUCACUUGGUUUCAUGAAGAUCGACAUGUGCCCCUCCCCGGAGGCGUUACGGCCAUUUCCCCCUGGCUAGACGUGGUCCAGGGCAUGCCUUCGUGGAAACGCAACCAGACAUGGGACUACUUACCGCCGCCAAACGUAUUAGAUAGGAAAGAUCCCCCAUGUGCCGCCUGGCCCUCAAACCCACCCCGACGACACGUUUUCAUCGACGAUGACUACCUGCUUCACCCAAUGGCCAGCUUGACACUAAGUAAAAGUUGGAAGGGCGCACCACCCGUGUACCUCACCUGCGGCUGGGAGUGCCUCGCAGACGAGGGAAAGUGGCUGGUCAAGAAGCUCAGCCACGACGGUGUUCCGGUCGUGUUUGAGGAGUAUGAAGCGAUGCCGCACGUGUUUGCGUUUAUCUUGACCAAACGGCCUGAGGCGGCUCGCUGUCUAGCCGGCUUGACUAAUUUCAUGAAAGUCGCUGUCGAGAAUCCCGCAAAAAUCGCAUCGAGAUACACCACGAUCAAGGCGAGAACGUGCGAAGAGGUUAAAAUCGACGUGGAUAGUCUUAGCCCGCACAGCCAAGAUGACUUGAGGAAGAUGGCUUAUAUGAUGAUUGGAACGGAUUCAAUGCCAAGUGCGCCCAUAGCCAAGCUAUGA